AACAUGGGGAGAGGAAAUGAGACUUCUGUAGAUGGUUUUACCCUCCUUGGACUGUUCUCGGGAUUGAGGCAUGUUGGCUUCCUCAUCUGCACGAUUCUCCUCAACUAUGUUGUUGCCAUCACAGGAAACACCACCCUGGUCCUCCUCAUCUCUCUGGAUCCCGGUCUCCACAGCCCCAUGUACCUCCUGCUCAGCCAGCUCUCCCUCAUGGACAUCUCCCUCAUCUCCACCACUGUCCCAAAGAUGCUCACCAACUAUUUCGCAGGGACAUCAGCUAUUUCUUAUAUUGGCUGUGCGACUCAAGUUUAUUUCCAUUCAACUCUUGGAGUCGGCGAAUGCAUUCUGCUCACUCUGAUGGCCUGUGACCGAUAUGUGGCUAUUUGUAACCUUCUGAGAUAUGUGGUCAUUAUGAAUCCUCAGGUGUGCCUGAAGAUGGCCACUGUGUCCUGGUUAGGGGGUGCACUAAAUGCCUUAAUCCAAACAGCAUAUACCAUGAAUUUUCCAAUAUGUGGUUCAAGAGAAGUCCACCAUUUCUUCUGUGAGCUGCAGGCAUUACUCAAGCUGUCAUGUGAGGACACUUCAACUUACUGGAAAGUUGUGUUUAUAUCUGGAAUCAUAUUGAUCCUUACUCCCUUCAGCCUUAUUCUGACCUCCUACAUUUUUAUCUUCCUCACUGUUUUCCGCUUAAAUUCCUCCAAGGCAAGGCAUAAAGCUCUUGCCACCUGCUCUUCCCAUCUGCUGCUGGUGCUUUUCUACUUUGGUCCAACCGUGUUGAUUUACAUGACUCCCAGAUCCUUGCACACCACGGAGCAGGAGCAGGGUCUCUCUGUCUUCUACACCAUCCUCACCCCCAUGCUGAACCCCCUCAUAUACAGCCUAAGGAACAAGGAGGUAAGAGAGGCUCUGAGGAAAGUUCUGAGAAAAGUCUGA